AGACCCAUGUUUCUGAAGGCACAAGGGUCUAGGCACGCUCGACAGGGAGGGAGACCGGCUAAAAGGUUGUCUAUCAAAUCACUCUGCAGCAAUUGGGUAGGUAUACAACCAAUCAGUGCAACGAAUAGGCUCCUAGAGCGCCGGAAAUCAGAGGAUGCGGUAGUUCGGUGAAGCCUUAUUUAUACAGUCAAUGGGUGAAGCUCAAGUAUAUUACAGACAUGUUAACAGAAAGAUUAUUCAGAGUCGGUGCUAAUGGAGCUCAACGACUGUUGUUGUUUUUGUUGUCGACCCCUGGUAGAGAAUUAAAUUCGUUGCGCCUCUGUCAUCACUUAGUUACGCCCGCCUUCUGACUCUACACUUCAUGGUGAUUCAUCGGCCAGUUUUAGGAGAAUCCAACCUCGAGCCUUAUGGAGGGUAACUAGACCCACCCUGGCAGAGAAUUAAAUUUGUUGCUGUGGGUUGUCUAGCGCGGCUAGGCUAGACUUGAGCAAUAUGUGCAAUAGGAAAAUAAGAGUGUGACAAAUUUAAUUGUCUGUUCAGUGACCAAAUAGGCUUCUGUAGUUAUUAACAAGUUGUAUUACUGAGACUCUGUUGACGGUAAGAAUGAAUGUAAGAAUUUUAUUUGCUGACAUCCUGUGUGCAUCUGAUCUUUUGAAAUGCUCUAUUGAUGAUUAAUAGUCUUUAAAAUUUUCGCAUUUGUGGUUGGUAUUAAAAUCAGUAUUUGUUACAACAAAGACAACCCCUUCCUUUUUUCAGUGUGGAGAGACAGCACUAACAUCUACAUAAUACACAUUUUAUGUAGAACUGUAGACUCUGUACUCUACUGAAUCUGAAGUUAAAGUCCAGUUGAGUCACUGAACCGCUACAUUUUAGUCUCACCUGUACUUCGGCCUCAUUCACCAUUGAAGUGAUUGAAAGUAGGGCAGAGAUAUGAGUUCACAUGUGGGUUUAUCUCAUUUGACACAGAUAAGUGGAGGGUUGGUGUCUGUCACUGUUUUGUGAACCUGAGGCUGAAGUCCAGCUUUAACUGGACAGGAGAGGCUUCAGUCAGUGAACUAAUCUGAAGUCUGCAGUUGUGUUUGCAUUCUGGUGCUUUUCAAUCAGUCAGAGCAGGCAAAUUUAGCGUGGGGUUUGAAGAUCCGAGGACAGCCAACAACAUAUUCCUACGCUGUGUUUCAUCACACAGGUGGCUCUUCUCAGCUUGGUUUGACAGCAGAGGAACAGGAAGAAUGAAGUGUUUUAGAUACUGGCUGUCAGCAGCUGUUUUGCUGCUGCUUAGCGUGACUGGAUGUGACACUGAGCAUCUCCAGGCAGAAAACCUCCAUCUUCUUCCCUCAGAUGAGCAAAUCUCAGUCCUGAACCGGGGAAUGAGAGCGCUGCCCAGAGACUGCUACGAAAUGCUGAUGGCUUCUUCAGGUCAGGCCAGAGACGGUGUGUACCUCAUCCAGCCAGGUGACUCUCCCAUCGUUGCCUACUGUUCCAUGCAGGAGGGAGGCUGGACGGUGGUGCAGCAUAUCACCAUUAAUAGUAGCGUUAAUUUUGAUCGCACCUGGGCUGAGUACAAAGACGGCUUCGGGGAUGUUACUGGGGAUCACUGGCUUGGGAAUGAACACCUCCAUCAGCUUACCCAUGGUCCUGCACGCUAUAAGCUAGGAGUGAAACUCGUGGAUCAAGAUGCCGUCACCAAGACAGGGGAGUACGAUCCAUUCCUGGUGGAGGAUGAGUCAUCAGCAUACAGGCUGAGGCUGGGUUUGUUUGAGGGUACAGCUAUAGACGCUCUGACCCUGGACACUGAAAACUACCUGCAUGACAACCAGAGGUUCACCACUAAAGACAGAGACAAUGACAAUUACUUCCAAAACUGUGCCAAGCUGGAGUUUCAAGGGGUUCCAGGAGGAGGUUGGUGGUACGACGCCUGCGCUGGUGCCAAUCUAAACCGCAGGAAUGUCAUCUACUGGCAAAAGGACUGCAACAAGGAGCGGCUGUGUAAAUAUGCGUGGAUGAUGGCGAGACCUUCAGACACAGUUAAACUGAUUCCAAGUGGAGACUGCAAGAAGGAUGAGCUUUAAAGGACAUCAUUCUCUCCCAUCAUUUCUGCCUGACUUUAGUUUCUUUCAAGAUU